UGUGCGCGCGUGUGCGCGCGCGCGUGUGUGUCUCUGUCUGUGUGUCGAGGCUGUGGGAGGCGGGCUUCGUUUGCCCAAGGGCUUGAUUGAGGGGGUGAGUGCUCGGAUGAAGACCUCUUUUGGCGUGACUCUUUGCUCCAUCGGGGCAUCUUUGGAGACUUGGAGGUUUUGAAAGUGUAACGAAGCAAGAGAAAAAGGAGAGAAAUACCUACAAAAAGGAUUUGCUUCCUUGUCAUUAGUGGAUUGAUAAACGUGAGUGGGAAGGAGAAAAAAAAAAAAGGGUGGGUUUUAUUUUUUUAAAUAAUUCUUUUUUUCUUAAAAAAAUAUAUCUUUCAAGUGGAUUUUUUUUUUUACCAGGGUGGAAAAUAAUUGAGGGGUUUGUUGUUUGUUCUGGGAAUAGAAACUAAAAAAUGGAGACUGUAAGUAGAAGCAGCUUUCAGCCUCAUCCAGGACUGCAGAAGACCUUGGAACAGUUUCAUCUGAGCUCUAUGAGCUCCCUGGGUGGCCCUGCUGCUUUCUCAGCACGAUGGGCACAGGAGAUGUACAAGAAGGACAAUGGCAAAGACCCAGCAGAACCUGUAUUGCAUCUGCCUCCUAUCCAGCCGCCUCCAGUAAUGCCUGGUCCCUUCUUCAUGCCCUCGGACAGAUCUACAGAGAGGUGCGAGACCAUCCUGGAAGGGGAAACCAUCUCUUGCUUCGUGGUGGGCGGAGAAAAGCGGCUUUGCUUGCCCCAGAUCCUGAACUCGGUGCUCAGGGACUUCUCCCUGCAGCAGAUCAAUUCGGUGUGUGAUGAGCUACAUAUUUACUGCUCCAGAUGCACCGCUGACCAGCUGGAGAUCCUCAAAGUCAUGGGCAUCCUGCCCUUCUCCGCUCCCUCCUGUGGGCUCAUUACCAAAACUGAUGCCGAGAGGCUUUGCAAUGCCCUGCUUUACGGGGGCACCUACCCUCCCCACUGCAAGAAGGAGUUUUCCAGCACGAUUGAGCUGGAGCUCACAGAGAAGAGCUUCAAGGUCUACCAUGAGUGCUUUGGGAAGUGCAAGGGCCUCUUGGUACCAGAGCUUUACAGUAACCCUAGCGCAGCCUGCAUUCAGUGCUUGGACUGCAGGCUUAUGUACCCACCUCACAAAUUUGUGGUCCACUCGCACAAAGCCCUGGAAAACAGGACUUGCCACUGGGGCUUUGACUCAGCAAACUGGAGAUCCUAUAUCCUCCUCAGCCAGGAUUACACAGGGAAAGAGGAGAAAAAUAGGCUGGGCCAGCUCUUAGAUGAAAUGAAAGAAAAAUUUGAUUAUAACAACAAAUACAAGAGAAAAGCCCCCAGGCGUGGUUCUGCCACCUUACUUAGAGCCGGGUUGGAUGGGAAUAUGGAAAGUAUCCGAAUUGCAAAAAGAAAGAAGGAAAGAAGAGAAACAAAGACAGAAACAAAGGUGAUCCCUUCAGAUCCUCCUGCUUCCAAAAAGCCAAAAAUAGAUGACUCUGCUUCCCAAUCUCCAGCAUCUACUGAGAAGGAAAAACAGUCCAGCUGGUUACGGUCCUUAUCCAGUUCAUCUAAUAAGAGCAUUGGCUGUGUCCAUCCUCGUCAGCGUCUUUCAGCUUUCCGACCCUGGUCUCCUGCCGUAUCAGCAAAUGAGAAGGAGCUCUCCACACAUCUCCCUGCGUUGAUCCGAGACAGUUUUUAUUCCUACAAGAGCUUUGAGAGUGCCGUGGCCCCCAAUGUGGCACUGGCACCCCCUUCCCAACAGAAAAUGGUGAGCAGCUCGCCCUGUGCCACUGUCGUGUCCCGGAGCAGCGAGGCCGGGAGCAGCCCGGCCCAGCCCCGCAAACGGAAACUCGCUGCCGAGAACCCCCCCGCCCCCGAAGCCCCAGCCACCGUCACUGCUGCUGAGGAGGAGAAGGAAUCAGAAGCAGAAAUUGAAGUAGAAACGAGGGAGGAAUUCACCUCCUCCUUGUCCUCGCUCUCCUCACCAUCCUUUACUUCAUCCAGCUCUGCCAAGGACAUGAGCUCCCCGGGGAUGCAGGCACCCGCUGCAGUCAGUGCUUCGUAUGAGGCGGCAGCGCAUCCUGACGCGCACAGCAGUGGGCUGGAGGCUGAGCUGGAGCACCUAAGGCAGGCCCUGGACAGUGGCCUGGAUACAAAAGAAGCCAAAGAAAAAUUCCUUCAUGAAGUUGUGAAAAUGAGAGUGAAACAGGAAGAGAAGCUAAACGCUGCUUUGCAAGCCAAGCGCAGUCUACACCAGGAGCUAGAAUUCCUAAGAGUGGCUAAGAAGGAGAAACUGAGAGAAGCAACAGAGGCAAAGCGUAACUUGAGGAAAGAGAUUGAACGUCUGCGAGCUGAGAACGAGAAGAAAAUGAAGGAAGCCAACGAGUCUCGGAUACGACUAAAGAGGGAGCUGGAGCAAGCCAGGCAGAUUCGGGUUUGUGACAAGGGCUGUGAAGCAGGGAGGCUUCGGGCCAAGUACUCAGCCCAGAUUGAGGACCUCCAGGUUAAGCUUCAGCACGCGGAGGCUGACAGGGAGCAGCUCCGAGCUGACCUGAUGCAUGAGAGGGAGGCUCGGGAACACUUGGAAAAAGUAGUCAAGGAACUUCAGGAACAACUGUGGCCUAAGUCAAGCCAUCAACCCAGCAGUGAAAACACACUGAACAACCUGGAGAACUAAGUAACCACCACAGCAUCGACACCACCUACAGAACGCUGUAUAUGCACAAAACAAUUAUCUUCAUUUCCUGUGCUGAAGAAAGGAAGAUGCAGGGAAGAGAAUUGUAAGGGGGGGGGAGAAGAUGUGCACUCGCGGAUUCUAAACCCAGCCUUACGGACGUCAGUGUUUGUAAAUCAUGCCAUAUGCUCUAAAGACAUCUUCAUUAAGCGGUGUGUUCAAGAGACUCACUUCAUCCAAGAGCACUUCAGCUUUAGGAAAAGAAAGAAGGAAAUAAAGGAAGGAAAUGGAUGAUAUGUUAAGUUGGUUGAGAAAUAAAGCGGAAGGCACAUGUAUUUUCCAAGUCAUUCUGAAAUCCUUAUACUUCAGCUUUCUGUUUUCUGGAAAACUCAUCUUUAUUGCACCAUCUUACCAUAAAUUCAGUAUUUACCUUAUUCUGAACUGUCUGUCAGGAUUACUGUGCCCAAGGAGAGUGCAACAUUACAUGAUCGGAUACUACAGAAAACAAAACCAACACUUUUGCUGCUGUGAAUAAGCCUUCUUUUUUUUUUUUUUUUUAAAGAAGUUACUUUAAUUUUGGGAUCCAAGCCGCAGCCCUGGAAUGAAAAUGCAGCAUGUCAUCACUUUGUGUUAUUACUGUUGUUGUUAGUGUUGUUAAUAUUAUUUUUUUWAAAAGAACUGCACUUUGUCAGAAACUUUCUUUGCAUUUUAUUCCAUAGUUUUAAAGUUUACACGAUGAGCAUUCUAGCUUCUACUCAGCUUAAUAUAUGGGAAAAAUCAUCAACGUAGUUUUCCAUCAUGUGCCACUGUGUCAUCAUUUACAUUUAUGCAAAGCGAGUAUUCAGCAGGUAUAGAAUGCUACCAAAUACAGAUUAUCCAGUGUAGUGCACURCUGGCUCUACUUUAAACCUGUUUUUUUGUGUGGCUGUGUGUGACAGAAUAUGGGAGCAGGAGCGAGGGGGCUCCCAGAAGUGCUUAGCAAACUCAGUUGGUGCUUUACUGAACAAGAGAAAAGGUUUUGGUUUUUUUUUCCACCCACAAACACUCACCUCUUAUACACUCAAUCUUACGAGUGUAAAUGAAAUGAAAAUUUGACCUGGGACUGCAGAUGUGCCUUCCAGCUCAUUUUUCCCCUCAGCAUGUUAUAUAGGAACUGCUGGUGCUUUUU